GAAGAUCAAGAAACGAUUUCAGAGCAAGGCGAUUCUAGAUCGUAUUAACCAGCAUAAAGAGGGAGUGCUGUAUUUUCAGCUACCAAACAGAUUACUGCUAUUCAUAAUCAUCUGUUGAGUCCUAAAAUGGUUCAGCCUAUCAGUAGUAUUAUGGUGUCUGCUAUUCCUCCACCUCCUCCAUUGAUAUUUGAGGGUAGAAAUGAGUUAGUGCAAGAAGGGAUAACCAAUCUUCUUGCUGAUUCUCCUGAUUCUAUUAUCAUUAUGGGAUUUGGAGGUAUGGGCAAAACAUCUUUAGCAUUGAAGUUGCUGAAUGAUGUAGCUGUGCAAGCUAAAUAUGGAGCUCAUAGAUACUUCAUUCCUUGUGAUAUUGUCUGCAGUACUGAGCCUACUGUUGAGGCAUUGCUGCAGACUAUGUCAAAGUUGAUGAAGUUGCAAUUAACCGAUGAUGCAGUAAAACAACUGCAUACUAUAUCAAAGCCAACAAUUUUGGUUUUGGAUAAUUUUGAAACACUUUGGGAGAAUAGUAAAGAUCAAUAUGAUGUUCAGAGACUUUUGGAACAGUUGGAUUCUGUGCCACAGAUUAUGCUGAUAAUUACUAUGAGAGGACAAGUUCCUCCUACAGAUAUAAAUUGGCUAGAACUUCCACAUAAUAGUCUGUUACCAUUAGCUGAAUCUGUCUCAUUGAAUGUAUUCAAUGCUAUUUCAGGGCAUAAUGUUGAUAUGGAAAAAGUCAGUGAAUUAGUAGGACAACUAGCAGGAUGGCCAUUGGCUAUUAUGUUAAUGGCACAUCAAGCUAAAACUAUUUCUCCAAAAGUACUUGUUGACAGCUGGAAGAAAGAAAAGACAUUAUUAUUAGCAAAACCCAGAACUCAGCCUCAUCAAUUAACAAGUGUUGAUAUUUCAAUCAAGAUAACUCUUGAAUCAUCAUUGAUUUCUUCAAAGCCAGAUACUUUGAGGUUAUUAAGUGUGAUCUGUAAUUUUCCAAGUGGCAUUCCUACAUAGACUAGUCUAUUGAGUAAAAUAGUACCAGAUCUUGGUCAAAUUACUUUAAUUGUGUCAAAUUUAUUGCAAUCUGGAAUUAUAUAUGAAGAUGAUAAAGAAGGAUUGAGAUUAUUGCCAUCAAUUCAGGAAUAUCUCAAAAUCUAUUUUCAACAGUCAGAUAUAUGUAUAAAGAAGUAGUUCUGCACUUUUUAUCUAAAUGAAAUUACAAAUAGACAACUGAAG